AUGCUGGCAGCGGCCAUUACUGCCGUCGCCCUGCCAUCAGGCCCUUCGCCCACACCGACCUUGCCAGGAUCUUUGCCAGAACGUCAAGAUACAGCAACUUCCUCUGCAACAUCAUCUUCUCCGACAGGAGAUUUCAUUGCGACACAGCAUAUCACAAUUCCCGGUGUGACAAAUAGCUAUGUCACGGUCCCAGCAAAAACCAUUGACAUCGCCAUCCCAACAUGCGUCCAGACGAUUGAGCCCGACGCUAAUGGCUACAUCCCUUCCGGCGAAUGUGGUGCCAUCUGGAAUUACUAUCCCAGCUUCACAGCAGCGGCGGUGUUUGCGGCUCUCUUCGGCGUUCUGACCGUCGUCCACAUCUGGCAGGCCGCCAAGCACAAGAAGAGAUGGUGUUGGGUUAUCAUUAUGGCGAGCAUAUGGGAGACUCUGGCCUUUGUAUUUCGAGCGGCAAGCAGCAAAAACCAGCAAAGUAAUGGCAUCUAUCUCGUAUUUCAGAUCUUCAUCUUGCUUGCGCCUAUCUGGGUUAACGCCUUUGCAUACAUGACCUUGGGCCGUAUGAUCUAUUUCUUCCACCCCUCGCGCUCUCUCCUCCGCAUUCCAGCAGCAACAUUUGCGGCGAUCUUUGUUGCCCUUGACAUCGUAUCAUUUGCCGUCCAACUCACCGGAGGCAGCAUGGCAGGCCCGACGGCGCCUCCUGCGGAACAAAUGAAGGCAAUCCACAUCUAUAUGGGUGGCAUCGGACUGCAAGAGUUCUUCAUCCUGAUCUUUGUCGCCCUGGCAUUGAAGUCCCAGGUUGAAUUGAAAAGAAUGGACAAGCUUUCAGGGCAGGAGUCUCGAUCCUGGAAGCCGCUCUUAUGGGCACUCUACUUUUCCCUUGGCAUGAUCUCAGUGCGGAUCGUCUACCGCCUGAUCGAGUUCUCUUCGGGCCACGGGAUCGACAAUGUCUUGAUUACACACGAGGCUUACUUUUACGUCCUGGAAGCCCUGCCGAUGCUUCUGGCUAUAGCGGUCUUCAAUGUUGUGCACCCGUCCAUGGUCAUGAACGGUCCAGGGUCGGACAUGCCGGGGCUCUUUGCGAUCAUGAAGGGUGGGUUCUCUAGGAGAAACAGGAGGAUUCCCCUUGGACAGGAUCCGGAGGAACAAGAGCUUACUCGGAGGAGCCCGAAGCCAUGA